CUCUCUCGCUACCACUCUCUCUCCCUCACACACACACGCGUGCGCUUUCACACACAUCCAUACGCCAGAGCUGACACUGCAGCAGAAAAACAGCCUGGUAGCGAAAGAGAGGGACUCCAUUGACUGUGAGAGAGGACUGUCUUCAUGGAGGCUCUAUCGAGGAGUACCUGACCAGAGGCAAUGGGCUGUGUGUGUGUGUGUUAAUGUGUUAGGUCUGUGUGUGUGUGUGUGUGUGUGUGUGUGUGUGUGUGUGUGUGUGUGUGUGUGUGUGUGUGUGUGUGUGUGUGUGUGUGUGUGUGUGUGUGUGUGUGUGUGUGAGAGAGAGAGAGCACCCCAGCAAGAGAAGCAGCACUGCAGAUACUGACUGAGUCCGGGGCUCAGCUUGGAGCAUCGACCGAGAAACGAAGAUCCAUUGCUCUCAACCUCUGUGUGUGUGUGUGUCAGUGAACGUGUAUGUUUGUGUAAGAGCUGGUGUGUCAUUCACUGCUCUGCCUGCGUAUCCUUGCGUAUCUGUGUCGUCGGCCCUCUCCCUGUCCCAGAAUGCUUCAUUCUGCGCCCCUGUGCUGAGGAGGCGUUGGGCAGUAUGGACUGUGCGCUGGCCGGGACCCCCCCCCACGGAUCUAGGCUGCCCCCCCAGGACGGGCACACACUGCACCUCUGCUGAUGGGCGAGGACACUGACACCACCCGAACACUGAACCACAGCUUCCUCCGAGACCACAACUAUGUGACUGAAGGGCUGCUCGUGGCUUUAGCCUGAAGAGCCCGCCCCGCCUCCUCCCCUCUCCCGGACUCCUCCCCCAGGAUGUUGAACCCUAUCCAGGUCCUGUGCUCCGACAUCACUUCCCUCUCACUGGAGCCCGAGCCGUUUGCCUCUUACACUGAAGCUGAUAUCAUCUCCACUGUUGAGUUCAACCACACUGGAGAGCUUCUGGCCACUGGGGACAAGGGGGGACGUGUGGUCAUCUUCCAGAGGGAACCUGAGGGUAAGACAGAGCCAUUCUCCCAGGGGGAGUAUAAUGUCUACAACACCUUCCAGAGUCAUGAGCCGGAGUUUGACUACCUGAAGAGUCUGGAGAUAGAGGAGAAGAUCAACAAGAUACGAUGGCUGCCACAGCAGAACGCCGCCCACUUCCUCCUCUCCACCAAUGAUAAGACCGUUAAGCUGUGGAAGGUGAGUGAGCGGGACAAGAGGCCUGAAGGCUACAACCUGAAGGAUGAGGAGGGCAGGAUGAAGAACCUCUCCACUGUCACCUCACUACAGGUGCCGGUGUUGAAGCCCAUGGAUCUGAUGGUGGAGGUGAGUCCUCGGCGUGUCUUUGCCAACGCCCACACCUACCAUGUCAACUCCAUCUCCGUCAACUCUGACCAUGAGACCUACAUGUCAGCUGACGACCUGAGGAUCAACCUCUGGCACCUGGGCAUCACCAACCGCAGCUUCAACAUCGUGGACAUCAAGCCAGUGAACAUGGAGGAUCUGACAGAGGUGAUAACAGCAGCAGAGUUCCACCCUCACCACUGUAACCUGUUGGUCUAUAGCAGCAGUAAGGGAACUCUACGGCUCUGUGACAUGAGAGAGGCCGCACUGUGUGACAAACACUCCAAACUGUUUGAGGAGCCGGAAGACCCCAGUAACCGCUCCUUCUUCUCUGAGAUCAUCUCGUCUGUGUCGGACGUGAAGUUCAGCCACAGUGGGCGCUACCUGCUGACCAGAGACUACCUCACUGCCAAGGUGUGGGACCUCAACAUGGAGAACAAGCCCCUGGAGAUAUACCAGGUGCAUGAAUACCUCCGCAGCAAGCUUUGCUCCCUGUACGAGAACGACUGCAUCUUCGACAAGUUUGAGUGUGUCUGGAACGGCUCAGACAGUGUGAUCAUGACUGGGGCCUACAACAACUUCUUCCGGAUGUUUGACCGGAACACCAAACGCGACGUGACCCUGGAGGCGUCCAGGGAGAGCAGUAAGCCCCGGGCCGUGCUCAAGCCUCGCCGCGUCUGCCAGGGCGGGAAACGACGCAAGGAUGACAUCAGCGUAGACAGCCUGGACUUCACCAAGAAGAUCCUGCACACGGCCUGGCACCCCACGGAGAACAUCAUCGCCAUCGCUGCCACCAACAACCUGUACAUCUUCCAGGACAAACUCAACCAGGAGAUGCAUGGCUGAGAGAGAGAGAGAGCAGGAUGCUGGAGACAUACACACACACACACACACACUGAUGCACACAUUCAUUCAGACAGUAAGGCAAGCAAGAACAUAUAACAUAUGCACACACACACACACUCUCUCUCUCUCUCUCUAGAUGACAGGGAGACGCUGUAAAGACACACUCCACAGUUCUCAGUGGAUGGACCGGUCCACCCUAGGUACCAGACAGGGGGAGCUGGAUAACCCAAUAAGAAUGAUGCUGGAUUAUGGUUUAUGGAAUUCUAAAUCAUGGAUGUGUUGACUGUUGACCUCUGGAUUGUGGCUGAUCUGAUGGUGUUUGUUUUGCUAUUGGUCAUUUUUGCAUUCUGAGGGGUUUGACCUCUUGACAGGAGGAGCUUUCACAUGUGUCUGCCUUUUUCUGAUCAUCUGCCUCUUCCUCUCCUUCCUCUUCCUCCUCACUCUGUUUCUGUACAUGUCUGUGCUCAGUCCUCUCCUACAGUCUGGACUGAUUCUUGACGUUAGUGUAAAAACCCUUUGUGGUUCCUGGUGGUAACUAGUGGAAAUGUUUGCGGAAUGUUUGAAGUCUAAUUCUAGUUUUUUUUUGUUAAAUCAUGUUACAUGUUACAUGAUUUGAAUGAUCAUUAAUGAUGAUGGUAAAAGUGAUGACAAUGACAGUUAAUGGUACACGAGACAUUAGUCAGUAGGACAUUGGGUUCCACAAGGCUGCCUGUCACCCCUAGGUGACAUUUAAUCCUGAUGUUUCAGUUGACUGUGAAGACUGCUGGGGAACUUGGCUGUGUCGUGCUACUUUGCAAUGAAACACAAGGAAUGAAGCAAAAAUCAAGUCCAGCAAUCAAGCAAAAAAAUAUGCUGCAUGAUGGAUUUUUUUUUUGUUUAUAUACAUUUACUGGCUGCCUUUCUAACCAUAAACAG